ACACGUGUCCCGGCAGCCCGAGGCCUGAGCGCGGAGCCGCGGCCCCGUCAGCCUGAGACAUGGCCGCGGCCAGAAAGCGCAAAAGAUCUGAAAUGGUUCAGGGCAGUAAUUUUCCACACGAUGUGGAGAUUACUUGCACAAGACCAAGGAGCCUUGUUAAGAAGUCUAUGCCUUCAAUUGGAAAAUCAUGGGACCGGUGUGGGGAAGGUUUUCAAGACUCUUCACAAAUUGAGGAUGAUGGACCUUUAGGGAAGAAGUUACAAGUAGUCCGAAGCCUUACCUCUGCACUGCAGUCUAAUGAAGCAGACAUUUGCAGAGGUCAGGAGUCCGAGGAGAAGGACAACAUUGUGUGGAGCUCCAGUGAUAGUGAGCUGUCAGAUCCUGAAAUGCUGCUGGGUAAUUCAAAAGAGAGAUUGAUGCCAAAAACCCAAAGAACAAUCAAUUCCUACCACAAGUACCUUCAUAUGAUCAACUCAUUAACAGACAGCCAGAUGAGUGAAGAUGAAUCCCCCACGAUAGACUGGGACAGUUUUAGUGACAACGAAGAGAUCAGUGACAUAACACAGGGUGCAGUGGAUUCUUAUCUUACUGAUUCUGAUUCUUCAACCAGCAGCAAACUGGAGAACAGAAAGUCUGCAACUCAUCAACCUACAAAGUCACUGGCAGCAUACGAUAUUUCAGAGUUUUCAUCUGAUAGUGAAAGUUCAAAAGAAAGCAAGCUUCAUGAAAAGCGUAUUUCAUCGACAUUACAAGGUCAACUAAAUGUAUUUAGUUGUGAGUCUGACCGUGAUCAGACAGCUGUCCGGUCAGCAAGCGACUGGUUGAAGACUGCACAAGCAUUUCUACAGACCCCUGAGAAGCAGGAAAGAAAACAAUUCAAAACACCAGACGAUUCUGCCAAAAAGAAGAGGAAGUUUCUGAGGGGAGGACUAGCAGAGAGAUUAAAUAGACUCCAGUGCAGAGAAAGAUCCGCCAUACAUUUUUGGAGGCAUCAGACCACAACUGAUUGGAGAAUUCCUGCCGCUGGAAAAGUUGGUGUUCUGGUGCUGAAAAUUUUGGAUUUGCAUGAGGAGUGUUCAAUGCUUGUAACUUUGUGUCAACCAUUGAUCGAAACCUCCAUAGACCAGACUGGUGAGGAUGAGGGCACUUCCACCCAAGCACCACUCAAGGUAUUAUUUACAAGAGAAACUGCAUCCCAUCUCAGGAUUGUUUCAGGAGAUCUUGUCCAUGUCCACUCACCAUGGCAGAAGCUUGUGAUCCAGGAUCAAGAGGGCCCUGUUAUUUUGUGCACUUAUUUUAGCCAGAAGAUACUUUCAAACAAAGAUCCUGGAACAAAAGAUAAUUAUUGCUGUCCGGGGCAAACCGAAAUGGUCAGGAAAGCUCCAAUAUCUUUAGCGAUGAGAUUCAACUUGACUGCUUCAAAACUAAAGCACGACUUUGAUUGUGAUCAGGAUAAAGCGAGGAGUGCUGAAAAUCCAUCUGCAACCCAGCAGGAAAGCCUUAAGAAGGAAAGGGGUAUUACGCAUUGGUCUGCAGAUAACCUUGUGUGGGACUCCCUGCUUGAAGUGAUUGAAAGCCAGGGAACAGCAGGAUGGACAAAGCAAAAUGUGAAAGUUGUUAUACAAAGAGUGUACUGCCUUCCUGUUAAAGACAUUCUUCACAAUCAGCUGACCAGAAAAGACCAGUCAGAUAUUUCCUUGCCAUCAAAUGUAGGUCAGCAAAAUGCAAGGCUGUGUCUUCUGGUUCAAGAUGUGUAUGGAUUAUUCAGUGAAGUUCAACUACGUACAUACUCUUUGUUGGAAGAGGACCUGCAGCAGCAGAGCGCAUGUUGGGAAGGAAAGAGGUGUUAUCUGAAAGGGAUGAAGAUUAUUCAGAGAACAACAAGAGGAAGGUCUUCAGGACUCUUCAGUUUGAUCGACAGUCUGUGGCCUCCAUUAAUUCCACCAAAAGUCCAUGGUCAAAGCCAAGGCAGCCAAGAGAGUGUAGGUUCUCCCUCAGGUGCCUUGCUUCCUGCUCCUAGUUUCUGCUAUGUACUUGCUGCUCGUCCAGGGGAGAGAGGAAUAGAGCUGCUUCAGGAGGAAAAUGGAUCUGACCUCUAUCGACCAACAGCAUGGCACAAUUUAGAGCACAUUCUUCAGUAUAUUCCUGAAAGCCAUCGGUGCAGUUUCAGCGCAGAAGUCAUCUACAGAAGGUUGCAGGCUCAAACUGCCAAUCAACAAAUCAGCGGAGAAAAUUGGGUGUUUGUGACUGAUUCAACACUACAAUCCUCAACCCAUGAUCCCCUGGUUCCCAGAAGCCUGCCAGUCUGUGUAACCUCAUUUUGUGUAUUGUGUGCCGAAGUUACUAAAGAACUGAAUGAUGGAUCAUCCCACACCCUCUUAUUCAAGGAUGCUAUUGUAGAAAAAGAUAAUAUUGUGUGUGCAGAAGGAACUGUCCUUUCACUCUACAACUCUGUGCUUGACAGUAGUAGAGAGCAAGAGUUUUCCCAAGUGACUGGACCUGUUACACUUGACGAACUCAGCAUUGCAACCAAAAUGUGCUCACUGUGCACUGUACAAGGGACUGUGGUUGGGGUGGACGAGACUACAGCUUUUUCCUGGAUAGUUUGCAACAGAUGUGGAAGUGAAAAACUGGAAAAGAAAACUGGAGAAAGAAAAUCCCUUUACUGUCGUCAAUGUGUCCAACCUGUGACAACGCCUCUUACAAAAAUGCAACUGGAAGUGUUCCUGCAAUAUCCAGCCCUGCCACAGAGCACUAUAAAAGUAAAGUUGCUACAACCAAGCAUUUCUUCUCUCUUGAGGCAUUCCUCCGAUGACGAAGAGGGCUAUGAAAUCGAAUGUGUGCUUGGUAAGGAGACGGGGCCUCUGAACUGCUAUGUCCGAUCAGUAACAAAACAGCCAUCUUGCUGGAUUGGACUAGAAGAAAUCAGCCUGCAGCAAGCAAGCAAUCAGCCUUUACAGUAGCAGUGAGAUUCUCAUGUCAGCAACAGAGAACUUGUGGGCUAUUAUUUUGCAUCUUUAUGAUGCAUUUUGUAUAUAUUUGGAAAUUACACACUAAUUAAAAUGAUAAAUUUGAA